ACAAUUGCUGUCAAAAGAUGUCAACCAAAAAGAGGUUAAGUUUAUAAACAUAAAAUCCAUAAAACCAAUCAUUAUUUUUUGUUGAGAAUUAAUAACAAAAAUUUGUUAUUUACUGUUGAUUUUCAUUACAAAAAAAGUACGAUAAUCAAACAUGGCUAUGGCAGCAAAUAAGAGUACGAGAGAAGAACUUUUGUCUUUAAUAGAUGAUAUUGAAUUAAUUGCAAAAGAAAUGAUUGAAAAUACAGUAGCGCAAAAACAUGCUAAAAUGUCAAGUACGGAGCAUGCACAGUUGACCGAAUUGUUAAUUGCCAAGGACAAGGAAUUAAAGGAAACUUUGAAAAAGGCUGCGGAGCAGGGAAAAAUAAAUUUGAAAAUGGACGCACUAAAGGCAGAGGUUGAGAGACAGGAUCAGGAAAUUCAGCAGCUACAACGUCAACUCAAAGAGGCUGAGCAAAUUCUAGCAACUGCUAUUUAUCAAGCGAAACAAAAAUUACAGUCAAUAGCUCGAGCCAAUAAACGACCGGUUGCUUCAGAAGAAUUAAUUAAAUUCGCUCAUCGAAUUAGUGCGUCAAAUGCCGUUUGUGCUCCUCUAACCUGGCAGCAGGGCGAUCCACGAAGACCAUAUCCAACUGAUAUCGAAAUGAGAUUGGGAUAUUUGGGAAGAUUAAGUGACCUUCCUUUGAAUGGACAAUUGAUGGGUUCACAUCCAGGUAUUCCGGCCGAUUUGCACAGAGCAGGACACCCCGCAGAGCCUCCUGUAUCGCAAGCAAAUCAAUUCGCUUGGCAUCCAUCGGGCGAGAUUCAUAUGACAAUGGGAGGACAAGGAAGUGUCGCUAUGAAUACUCACAAACAAGAAACCGAGGAUGUGGAAGUCAUGUCUACAGAUUCGUCAAGUAGUUCGUCGAGUGAUUCCCAGUAAAGAGUAAUUUUUUCAAAAAAAAAAGUAAAAAAUUACUUUUAAUCUCUCCAAUUGUUAUCCACGUAAGGCUUAAACUUUAAACAUGUAAGAAUUAUUUAAAUCUUUUGAUAGUUAUAAAUUAAGAAUUUUAUUUAAAAAUAUUGCGUAUAUAUUUAGAAUAAAACUCUAGAUGAGAUUUGUUCGUAAUUUUUCUUUGAAAUAAUGAAUUUCCUUAUUUUUCUAACAAUGAGAAAUAAAGACAAAAAUGAAUAAUUUAAA